AUGCGACAGAAAAGGCAAUCGAAUGAUGAAUCUCUCGUCUCAGACUCAGCAACACCAGAAGAGUCCUCUAACCCUAAUAGGGUUCUUAAGGUUGUCCCUUUAAGGACGAUUAGCAAUGACGAAGUAAGGGCCACAAAGCCUAAAACGACUCAUGCAAAACGACCCAAGGAGGGUAUUCACAACAAGGGCACCAAAUCCUCAGCAUCUGCUACCAUGGAGAAACUUACUAAAGAAGGAUCCAAGUAUGUCGAUAGUGCAAUUACCAGGAUUGUUAAUCGUAUUCUGAAGGAGAAUCAUCAAGUGCAUGGAAUAACCAUUCCACUUCAAACUGUAAUGGCUGAUCCCCCCCAACAACACCACCAACAGGCUAAUAACAAGAAGAAAGGUAAAGCUGUUGUUAAAGGAUCACCAAAAAGGAUCACUCAAGUGAACAACCCUGCCAAAGACGCUAUCAGGAAGAAGAGUACGUCUGCAGGUCCUGUCAAGAGCAAAGCUGUUACCAAAAGUAAAGGGGUUGGUCCCUCAAACUCUUGGAGCAGGGUCAUUCCAAAGAAAAGAAAAGAGCGGGAAAUUGUUGAACCUGAAUCUGAUGUUGAAGUAAGUGUCCCUGACAUCCCGUCAAGGAAGAAGCCUACAACCAGUAAGCUUUCUGCUAGUAUCCCUGAUGUUCCCAUUGAUAAUGUAUCUUUUCACUAUGCCUCUAGUGUCAGCAGAUGGAAAUAUGUUCUUCAAAAGAGAUUGGCUGUUGAAAAGGAAUUGGCUCUAAAUGCUCUUGAAAACAAAUAA